AUGACGAUCGUCGGUUCCAGUGCGUCAUCUCCAUGUUGUAAUGGAAACGAAGACGAGUCCCAGCUUCAUGAUGCAUGUUCAGCAUGCAAACGCCUCAACCACGACCUCGAGAUCAAGGUCUCCUUGAUGUCGGAUCAGAUUGUGAAGUUGGCCAGUCAAGUCGAACAGAUCUCCGAACGACUUCAGCUGUCACCGUCAUUGAAAAAGGCCCAAAAACAGACGGAACGGAAGACAAGUGCUCCAGAAGCCAACAUCAUGAACUUGUUGACGGCCUCAGCAGAUGUCAAGAACUUCACAGACAUGCUACAGACCUUCGCACAAACAAAUAAUGUUGAUACUGGCAACGAGCAACACCUGCCUCCGAUCGCGACUCCGGAAAGCAUCAAAGCCGAAAGCGUUUCGUGAGUUUUAUUGCCAAUUCAAAUUUGCGCCAAUUUGUCUCCAAAUCUUUUUUGAAUCUUGGGGCAAAUUCUUUUUUUUUCAUAGCUAAAAUCUUUUCUGUUUUAUCUUUUCGUUGUUAAGUUUCGAAACGAAUGGAAGUGAGUCAUGAACUAUGAUAGUUUGCCUUUUAGCUUCCGUUUCAUUUUUCAUAAAGAUUUUGGGUAGAUAAUAUCGUAAAUCAACAAAAUAAUUAAAAAGUUAUAUCUUUAAAUAAUAAUUCGGAAAAUAUUAUUUUAAAUAGUUUUUAGUGGUUUAAUUUAAAACCAGAGAUUAUAGAUAAUAUUCUUUAUAGAAGUGGCAAUGGCAGUCGAAAACGGAAGCCCCACCGUUCCUCUGUCCAACAUCUGCCUUCAGAAGCGGCUACAUCGGAAGACGCCAAUCCACAGCACCUGAAUGCCAACCUGAUGGCUUACCUCGGAGCCGAGUGCUUCAACUCCGUGGCUUCAUCGCCGUCAGCUGGCAAAAGGAAGAACGCGCGCAAGUCGCCACCUGCCCAGAACUUGGAUAUGACAUCCGUUUUGCAAGGUGAAGUGUCACAAGACGACAUUACCGCCAAUCUGAUGUCAUUGCUGGCCAAUGGCGGAUUGAACGGCCAAACCGCGCCACAAUACAGUAACGAGAACGUGCCGAUGAAAGAAGAAGUAAGUGUUUCGGAUUAGUUGUUUAUAAAAACUGUUAUAUUAGGGUGGUAUAGACUGCUUAGAGCUGUCAGAGUUUAUGUGUAAUGUUACUAUAACUGGACGUAUUUGUAAAUUGUGUUAACCUUAAGAUUUUUGUACCUAAAUUAAUAUAAAAUAUUGAUUUCUAGCCUAAAACAACAUAAAACUAUUGUUCGAGUGUUAAAAAUAUUGUUUUUAACCCUAAAAUAACAUUGAAAGUUGAAUUCUCGUCCUUUUUUACUCCAAAAACCCCUUCGAAGUAAAUUGUAUGGGGAAGAUUGCUCUUGUCAACAUAACAAUGUUCUAUGUUGUCUAAUGUUCUCGUAUGAGCAAUUGUAAACAAGUUACUAAUCUUUUCCAUUUCGAAAUCGAGAUUAGGUAGUAUUGUUUUGGCAAGGAUAUCAAAUGGUUUAUUAAUAGAUUAAACAUUAUGUUUGGGUCUUUUAUAUUAUCCAUGUGAUAUCUAGAGUUUAGCUGUAAUUUAUACAGUAUUUUUAGUUGAUAUGAUAUUUAAAUUUAGUAUGAGAUUAUAUGAUAGUAGUGUUAAGCUAAUGUUUUGAUUUUAGAACAAAUCAAAUUCCGAAAACAACUCUAAUACUUCGCAAUGUUCUAACUGUGCCACCACUGUUACCACGGCCUGGAGACGAGAUGCUGAAGGUCGAUUGGUCUGCAAUGCCUGUGGGCUCUACUACAGACUUCAUAAGGUAUGUUGAGAUCGUCUUUCUUGUUUCUCGUUACGUUUUAUAGGAAAUUGGCUUAUUUUUAGUGAUAUUUUGUUGAUUUUUACCCUUUAUAUCGAAUUUUGGGUAAAUGUUAUGAGCUUUUCUUACUAUAACCUUUUCCCAGUAAUAUAAUUGGAUUAUCCGAGAAUAAUGACAGAGAUAAAGAAAGAUAUGGUAUGUGUACUUUUCCUUUUCAGACCAAUCGACCCGUUUCGAUGCGCAAAGACGCCAUCCAACAGCGAUUCAGAAGGAAAAACAAAGACGAUUCCUCCACCAACUCCCCCAUGGAUAACAAUCAAAGCUUCAACUUUAAUGGAUCCAGUGAACUGUAAGUGGGAUUAUACGAUUAAGAUACGAUUAGGGAGCAAAGUAAACUGUUGCUUUACGAUGAUAGUAAUUUGGUGGAGUGUAAUGGUGAUUGGCAGCGUUUACUUUGUUAAUGAGAGGAGAUAGUUGACCUAAAUGAGAGGAAACUCAUGGUGAAUAUAAAGAGAUAAAAAGCUGAUCUUAAAAUGAAAUUUUCAGAAUUUCCCAGUUGAACAACUCCGUCGGCCAACUGAUAGACCAGAUCCAGGAUUCAGACGAGAAGCCUGACAUUCUGGAAGAGUGGAGCAAGUACAGCCAGCCCAACACUCCCACCUCCUUGCCCAGCUUCAUGUUGGACCUGAUCAAGCAACAGCCUCAGGUCGACAUGGGCGUCUAA